UGCACCCAGGGCCCCAUGGAGCUGCCAGCCAGCAAUGCCAGCUGCGAGAACGGCUCCCUGAUCACCCUAUACUGCUCCUCCCAGCAAGUCCUGUGCCAGAUCGUCGGUGACCUCAGUCCCCAGAUACCCAGCAAUGUCACCUCUAACAGCUGGCGGGAGAGGUUCGCGAAGAACUACAGCUUCUACAUCGGCCUGGGUCUGGCCUUCCUGUCCAGCUUCCUCAUCGGCAGCAGCGUCAUCCUUAAGAAGAAAGGCCUCAUGCGUCUGGUGGCCUCGGGGGCCACGCGGGCUGUGGAUGGAGGCUUUGGUUACCUGAAGGACGCGAUGUGGUGGGCUGGAUUCCUCACCAUGGCUGCUGGAGAAGUUGCCAACUUCGGGGCCUACGCAUUUGCUCCUGCGACUGUCAUCACACCGCUGGGAGCGCUGAGCGUCCUCAUAAGUGCCAUCCUCUCCUCCUAUUUCCUGGGGGAGAGCCUGAACCUGCUGGGAAAGCUGGGCUGUGUGAUCUGUGUGACCGGCAGCACGGUGAUGGUGAUACAUGCGCCCGAGGAAGAGAAGGUCACCACCGUCGUCGAGAUGGCCGCCAAGAUGAAAGACACAGGGUACAUCGUGUUUGCCGUGCUGCUGCUGGUGUUCUGCCUCAUCCUCAUCUUCGUCAUCGCCCCACGUUAUGGGCAGAGGAACAUCCUCGUUUACAUCGUCAUCUGCUCUGUGAUCGGGGCCUUCUCGGUGUCUGCCGUCAAGGGUCUGGGCAUCACCAUCAAGAACUUCUUCCAGGGGCUGCCAGUUGUGCGGCACCCUCUCCCCUACAUCCUGUCCCUCAUCCUCGCACUUUCACUAAGCACUCAGGUCAACUUCCUCAACAGGGCGCUGGACAUUUUUAAUACCUCCCUGGUGUUCCCGAUCUACUACGUGUUCUUCACCACGAUCGUGGUCACGUCCUCCAUCAUCCUCUUCAAGGAGUGGCACAGCAUGUCCGCCGUGGACAUCGUGGGCACCCUCUCUGGCUUUGUCACCAUCAUCCUGGGUGUGUUCAUGCUUCAUGCUUUCAGAGACCUGGACAUGAGCCAGACGAGGUUGCCCCACAUGCACAAAGCCCCCACCCCUGCGCCCGCCCCAGAGCCCACUGUCAUUAGACUCGAAGACAAGAAUGUCCUUGUGGACAAUAUAGAACUCUCCAGCACCCCAUCGCCAGAAGAGAAGCCCAAAGUAUUUAUCGUCCAUUCUUAA